AUGCAUUUCACAUCCAGCUUCUUCGCGGCUGCCGCAUUGCUCUCGGCCGCGAAUGCCGUCCCCGUCGCUCAGAACUGGGGUGAUUGGGCAGGCCAAGGCUCAGAUGGCUCUGCGUCCAGCAGCACUCCCGCACCGACUCCAGCCGGCCCCCCUGCGCCUCUCAAGUCUGGCAACCCCUUCAGCUUCCCUCUCUCCAAUGGCUUUCCCAACCUGAGUGAUGCGGCGCUUAACGCCACAGAAAUCCAAGCUCACGGCACCGAGCCCAACGGCGCAGCCCCUGUCGGCCUUGCUGCCGACGACCUCACCAGCUUCCGCCUGAUCGCCUUCAACGAGCUCUUCGAAGUUGCCUUCUUCACCGACCUCUUGUUCAACCUCACAGAGAACGUGUCCGGCUUCGAGAUCAAGGACAAGAACACGCGCCAACUCGUCAUCAACGCCAUCACCGCCAUCCAAGCGCAGGAAGAACUCCACGCCGACAACGCCAACGCCAUCCUGAAAGCCAACGGCCAAGAACCCAUCCAGCCAUGCCAGUACCAAUUCCCGUCUGCCACGCUUGCCGACGCCCUCGCCUUCGCCAAGACCUUCACCGACGUCGUCAUGGGCACACUCCAGGACGUCCAAUUGCACCUUGCCAACAACAAUGAUGACGGCGUCGUGCCCGUCAUCGGCUCCGUCAUCGGUCAAGAGGGCGAACAGACCGGCUUCUUCAGAUACUUCGGCGGCCUUGUGCCCAGUGAGCUGCCCUUCCUCACCCGGUCGACCCGUGAAUUCGCCUUCUCCGUGCUCAACCAAGCCGUCGUCGUCCCCGGGACCUGCCCGAACGCGAACCUGAUCGACCUGCCAAUUUUCCUGCCGUUGACCGUCAACACCGCGCCCAUCAAGGCCCAGGACCAGACUCUCUCGUUCAGCGUCAGCGUCGACAAAUCAUCUCCGCCUUCCGGUCUGAGCUUGGUCUACAUCAACAGCCAGAACGUGCCCAUCGUGGAGACGAUCGAGAAUGUCAAGGUCAGCAAUGGAGUGGCUACCUUCGACGUUUUCUUCCCGUACAACGAGUUCCUGCUCAACGGUCUCACCAUCGCCGCCUUGACAACAAGCGCCGGCCCCUUCACGAAUGCUGAGGACGUCGCCAAGGUCACGAUUGCAGGACCAGGUCUGAUCGAGAUCAUGUAA